GGGGGCGGCGCAGGCGCGGAGCGGCCGCAGCGAUGUCGGGGUUCAGCGUGGAGGAGCGCGCCGCGCCCCACAGCGCCGAGUACCGGCUCUUCUUCAAGGAUGCCGCCGGGCGGUACAUCUCCCCCUUCCACGAUAUACCCAUCUACGCGGACGCCGGGAAGAAUGUGUUCAACAUGGUUGUGGAAGUACCUCGAUGGACAAAUGCUAAAAUGGAGAUUGCAACGAAGGAACCCUUAAACCCAAUUAAGCAAGAUGUGAAGAAAGGAAAACUGCGCUACGUAGCCAAUGUGUUUCCCCACAAGGGCUACAUCUGGAAUUACGGUGCUAUCCCUCAGACGUGGGAAGACCCAGGUCACAAGGAUGAAAACACUGGCUGCUGUGGAGAUAACGAUCCCAUCGAUGUGUGCGAAAUUGGAAGCAAGGUCUGCUCCCGGGGAGAAGUCAUCAGAGUGAAGGUGCUGGGCACGCUGGCGCUGAUUGAUGAGGGAGAGACAGACUGGAAGAUAAUUGCUAUCAACGUGGAAGACCCAGAAGCAGACAGCUAUAACGAUAUCAAUGAUGUCAGAAGGAUGAAGCCUGGAUACUUAGAAGCCACGGUGGACUGGUUCAGAAGAUACAAAGUACCCGAUGGAAAGCCAGAAAACCAGUUUGCUUUUAACGGGGAAUUUAAAGACAAGGCUUUUGCUGUGAACGUCAUCGAGGGCACCCACGAGCACUGGAAAGCUUUAAUAGCAAAGAAAACCGACGGGGGGGAGAUCAACUGCACGAACCUGACGGUGUCUGACAGCCCCUUCUGCUGCGGCCAGGACUGUGCAAAAGCUACUGUGGAUGCAGCACCGCCAGGCAAAGCUGCCAACCCGAUCCCACCCGAAGUUGACAAGUGGUUCUACUACGAGAAAAACUAAGUUCUGAGGAUGGCGGUGAGGCAGCCGCGUCCUCCCCACCGGGGAGCUGCCACGUGCAGGAGUAGCCCAGAACAAAAAAUAGCUUCAGUGUCCACCAGGAGACCUUGCCUGUAACUUUGCUGAUUAGAAUUACGCACCUAGCAGUGACGUGCCGGCUGUGCUGGGGUCUGGUGAAGGCUAGAAGACAUAAUUUAUGAAAUCAAAACACCCUGCUUGCGCGUGGUCGUGCGGUGUGCUCUAAAAAUCAUGGCGGGAGAUCACUCAACCCGGUACGUGUAUGGAUGCUAGAAAUAAAAAAAACUACUGAAUCC